GGUAACUUUAAGAACAACUUGUAGAUCUACUCCAUCAAUUGCAAGUGCAGGCUAGAAACGUGUGGAAAUCAAAUUAUUUUGAUCAUGGCACCUUAUUAGACUUGAUAUGAUGAUGAUGAUGAGAGGAUAUCUGAGCUUGAGGAGAUCCUUGCUUCACCUGGAGGGAUGCCGUUCCCAUCUCAUUCCACGAUACCUCCAUUCCAAUGUGACGCAAAGAAGUCUGGUUAGGGACAAUGAUGGGAACCAAGCACCAGUAUCCAAAAGAAGUCCCUUUUUCACUACUCCAAUUUUCUAUGUGAAUGCAAAACCUCAUAUUGGUCACCUCUACUCUGCAUGCUUGGCGGAUGCUGCUCACAGAUGGCAAAGGAUUCUGAAAGCUCCUGACUCCAUCUUUGCAACAGGAACUGAUGAGCAUGGUCUUAAAGUCCAGAAAGCUGCAAGGACGGCUGGAAAGGAGCCCCUCACAUUUUGCAAUGAGGUUUCUCAUGAAUUUAGAAGACUGUUUGAAAUGUGCAAUAUUGGCUACACUGAUUUCAUUCGUACCACCGAAGAAAGGCAUCAUACUGCAGUUCAUGAAUUUUGGACCUCACUGAGAGAGAAAGGUUUCAUCUAUAAAGGGGAGUAUGAGGGAUGGUAUUCUGUGACAGAUGAAAGCUUCUUAACUACCUCUCAAAUACAGGAGAUAGAUAGAGGGGAUGGUACAACAAUAAAGGUAUCUUUAGAAAGUGGGAAUGUUGUAGAGUGGACAAGCGAGACCAACUACAUGUUUAGACUCAGUGCCUUCCGGGAUAAGCUUCUAAGAUGGCUGGAUGAUAAUCCCAGUGCUGUGCAGCCUGCUAAGUUUCAUAGCAUUGUGAGACACUGGUUAAAUGAAGGCAUUCAGGAUCUAUCUGUCUCUAGGCAGAGAGAUCGUCUAGGUUGGGGUAUACCGGUCCCAGAUGAUCCUUCACAGACAAUCUAUGUAUGGAUGGAUGCUUUAGUGAACUAUUUAACAGUGAGUGGUUAUCCAGACAGGACACAUCUUUGGCCACCUACCCACAUUGUGGGCAAAGACAUCCUCAAAUUCCAUGCUAUUUACUGGCCUGCCUUCCUUAUGGCUGCAGAUAUUUCUCCACCAGCAAGUGUCAUCUGUCAUUCACAUUGGACUCGUGAUAGCUUUAAGAUGUCCAAGAGCAAAGGCAAUGUAAUUGACCCUUUUGAUAGAGCAGCACACUUCACUACAGAUGGCCUGCGCUACUUCUUGUUGAGAGAGGGAGUGCUUCAUUCUGAUGGAGAUUACUCUGACAUGAAAGUUUCUGCUCUGCUGAAUGCCGAGCUGGCUGACACAUAUGGCAACCUCCUCUCCAGGGUAGCUGCACCUACAUUAAACCCUCAACAGGUCUUCCCUGUGCUAGACAGCAACCUCUUCCCCAGCAGACCUGGUCAGAGUACAACAGCUAGGACUACAGAUGAAGAUUAUCUUUUAGUGGAGUCUGUCAAGAGACUACCAGAUAUCGUUGGUGAGCAUUACGAGCAAUUCUUAUUCUAUCGUGGCUUAGAAGAGAUUAUGACUUGUCUUCGCAUGGCCAACGCUUUCGUCCAACGUCAUGAACCUUGGAAUCUUACCAAGAAUCCUAUUGACAGACCUUGGCUUGAUUCUAUUAUACAUGUCACCAUGGAAACACUGAGGGUUUGUGGGAUAUUGACCCAGCCGAUAGUUCCUGACCUAACAGACAGACUCCUGACAAAGAUAGGGGUUGAGAAGAUGGAGAGAAGCUGGGAGCAACUCAAGUGCUUUGAGGCCCUGGAAGGGGAUGACAGGGAAGGGUAUGGAGGACGGGGGUUGAGCGGGGACUCUAGUGUGCUAUUUUCUAGACUCAAGACAGAAUCACGCAGAUAACGAUGGCACAAGGAUGAUAAUCUACUUCACAAAAUUUAUGCAAUUGAGAAACUACUACCUUGACGUUACAUGCAGCUUAGAAGGAAACAUGUGGAGCAGCAAGCAUUUGAGAUUUAGAGUUCAAACAGGUAUGUUUUUGCAACACUUGCAUCAAGAGGGACGACAUUUGAUGAUGUCUGGCAACACCCUGAAGGCCAUUUACUUUUUUUGGUUGUCCGUCCGUCCGUCCAUACAUACGUCCGUACGUCCCGUUCUCGUGAUAUCUCAAGAACCGAUUGAUGGAUUUCUGCUAAACUUAUGUCAUGCAGAACUUUUGAAUUGAUUAGAUUUACGGGUCAUGAAGUCAAAGGUCACAUUGCUCAUUAUGUAUGCAAAAAUAGCUUGUGAUUGCGUUCUCAAGAACCGAUUGAUGGAU